AGAGGAAACCAGUAGUUAUACAUCGAUCGAAGCAUCUAUUGAGAGUCAGACUACAGACGACAGUGAUAUUUUGUUCACGUGGGUGUUAGUCACUUAAAACUAGUAAAUAAUGGGCGUUCCGGCUGGUGAUCCAGAAAAAGGAAAAAAGAUUUUUGUACAAAAAUGUGCCCAAUGCCAUACAAUAGAAGCUGGUGGUAAACACAAAGUAGGACCUAAUCUUCAUGGAGUAGUAGGUAGGAAAACUGGGCAGGCACCAGGUUACAGUUACACGGAUGCAAACAAAGCAAAAGGCAUCACAUGGAAUAGGGAUACCUUGUUCGAAUAUCUUGAAAAUCCUAAGAAGUACAUUCCCGGUACAAAAAUGGUGUUUGCUGGUAUAAAGAAACCUCAAGAACGUGCUGAUUUAAUUGCAUAUAUGGAACAAGAAUCUAAGUAAGCUUAACACUUAUCGAAAAUGAUGAAGCACGCUAGACGUGCUUGACCGAUAUAGAGAAAUUUAGUACUAAUUUCAUUUCAAACCUCAUGAACAUCCUACUACAAUUCAUUCGAUUCAUUCAUUGAUUCUUCCUCAUCUGGUACUCAAGAGUUUACGAAGUCUGAAUAGUUACAAAUUGUUGUUAAUUAUAAGUAGGUGUGUCAUUCAUGUACACUGACAGGAGUUGGACUAGAAUUAUCUAGAACUAGCUCUGCUACGUAAUUAAAGAUAUUUGAGUGCUCUCUUGCGGUGGCUGAGCCAUACAUAGAUUGUGCACUAUUAUUUAUUUGUGAACUGUUAAAAUUGUCCUAUGAACUGUUACAAUGUAAUACAGGAAUAUGACAAUAUAAGUUUGACGAUAAAUUUUUAAUUUCCAUUUUUGCUGUAUUAACGAAAACCAAGUAUUUCAGUGUUAAAGAUAUACCAAAGUACAAAAAGGCAAUAAAGUGAUAUGCCAUGUUAAUAA